CGGGCCCCGGCGGGCGGCGGGCGGCGGGUGGAGGUGCGCGCCCGGGCAAGGAACAUGGACUUCGUCCGCCUCUGGCUAGGGCUGCUGCUGCCCUUGGGGGGUGCGCUGGACUUCGGCUACCACCACCAGGAAGAGAUGGAAGCGUUUUUGAAGAACGUGGCCCGAAACUACAGUUCUAUCACUCGCUUACACAGUGUUGGGAAGUCUGUGAAAGGCAGAAACCUGUGGGUUCUUGUCGUGGGGCGCUUCCCAAAGGAGCACAGAAUUGGGAUUCCAGAGUUCAAAUACGUGGCCAACAUGCACGGAGACGAGACCGUGGGGCGGGAGCUGCUACUCCAUUUAAUUGAACAUCUUGUAACCAAGGAUGGAAAAGACUUGGAAAUCACAAAUUUAAUCAACAGCACCCGGAUACACUUCAUGCCUUCCAUGAACCCAGACGGCUUUGAAGCGGUCAUAAAGCCCGACUGUUUUUACAGUAAUGGAAGGGAGAAUACUAACUUCUAUGACCUGAACAGAAAUUUCCCCGAUGCUUUUGAAUUUAACAAUGUAUCAAGGCAGCCUGAAACUGUGGCCAUCAUGGAGUGGCUGAAGACAGAAACGUUUGUCCUCUCUGCAAACCUCCACGGCGGUGCCCUGGUGGCCAGCUACCCGUUUGACAAUGGUGUUCCAGCGACAGGGACAUCACACUCCCGUAGCCUAACCCCUGAUGACGAUGUUUUCCAAUACCUUGCACAUACCUACGCUUCUAGAAAUCCCACCAUGAAGAAAGGAGACCGGUGUAAGAACAAAAUGAACUUUCCUAAUGGAAUCACAAAUGGCUACUCUUGGUAUCCACUCAAAGGUGGAAUGCAAGAUUACAACUACAUCUGGGCCCAGUGUUUUGAAAUUACGUUGGAGCUGUCAUGCUGUAAAUAUCCUCAUGAGGAGAAGCUUCCAUUCUUCUGGAAUAAAAACAAGGCCUCACUGAUUGAAUAUAUAAAACAGGUGCACCUAGGUGUAAAGGGUCAAGUUUUUGAUCAGAAUGGAAAUCCAUUACCCAAUGUAAUUGUAGAAGUCCAAGACAGAAAACAUAUCUGCCCUUACAGAACCAACAAAUUUGGAGAGUAUUAUCUUCUUCUCUUGCCUGGGUCCUAUGUAAUAAAUGUUACAGUCCCUGGACACAAUCCAUACCUCACAAAGGUGGUUAUUCCAGAAAAAUCCCAGAACUUCAGUGCUCUUAAAAAGGAUAUUUUACUUCCCUUCAGAGGACAGCUGGAUUCUAUCCCAGUAUCAAAUCCUUCAUGUCCUAAGAUUCCUCUGUAUAGUGAUUUGCCAAGCCACUCAGCUGCAACAAAGCCUGGUCUGUUCUUAUUUUUAGUGACCGUCUUUCACAUGUUUGUCAAAUAAAGCAAAAUGUGAAACACAACCCCCAUCACUACCUGGAAUCAGGGAUUACUCACGCCAGGUUGCUGCAACUCUUUGAACUCCUUCUGUGGGACCUUGACUGAAGAAACACCAUGGUCCUUCCCUAAGGAGAGAAAUGGUUGUUUUCAAACCACAACGAACAAUGUGUGGUGAUAACAAAAGGAAUGAUUUAACCUUGACGAAUGGAAGACACCUUUCAAGUACUGUCACUUACACUUAAUCUUGAAGUUGUCUUAGGAAUUUAUAAGAAAAACUUGAGAAUCAAGAAAGAAGUUCCUGCAAGAAAAAGGAAAAAAAAAAAAAAAAGCAAAUUUUGUACACAGAGAGCCAGGUGAAUAUAAGCAAUGAAGAUGAACGUCUACAUGGAGUAGAUGAACUAUCCACGGAACCUGGCCAUGAGUGCUGUAUGGGAAGAUACAGUUACGUGCCAUAUAUAAUUACUUCUCAGCACAGGGAGAAAUGAUGAUAGGACUGGGACAUAUUUCAUUUCACAAAUGUUCUAAGGAAAUAGUGGAAAGAGGCAACCAUGUCUCAGUGGCUCGAGAAAAACCAUGGGCCUGAUGGGAUGACAAGGUUCUAUCUACAGAGCCCCAAACCAACAGUUCAAUUAAGUCCCUCCAUUCUGCACUCAGAUGCCACAGUUCUGUCAUGCUGAUGACCUCCAGAUGUGUAAUUCUAGCAUCUUGCCUGAGCUUCAAACUCAAGUCCCAACUUCCCACUGUACAUAUCCACCUGAGUUUGACCCACAGGUACCUCAUACUCAAUGAUGUUGAAACUGAACAUAUUUUUCUCCCUGGAGCUGCUCUUAGACCCUGUACUUGUCUCUGGUAUCACUGAACUUGAAACCUGAGUAUCAUCCUUGAUAUUUCCUCCUCUUCCCUCAGCCCAGAGUCAGUCAGUCACGAAAGACUGAUGUGAAUUAUAAAAUGUUGGUUUAUUCUCCUCUCAUGGCUGGCAACGGCAAGUUUAGGCCAUCGUGAUUCACUGGUACCAUUUCAACAAAUUUACUGCUCUCUUGUGCCUAGCCUUCUCUUCAAAUUUGUCUUCCACAUAGCACUGGGGAAGAAGGUCUACUCAAAACAAAAAACAAUUAACUAACAGUUUGUGUCCUGCGUGUUAGCACCAUUCUGACCUACCACCGCUCCUUUCCCACUCCUUUAUAACUCAGUGCAGGUGUCAACUCCUCCAGGAAGCCCUUGCUGACCAUGAUCCCUCCCAAUCCUUUCCACUUCCUCCCAGUCAGUCUGGGGACCUUUCCUCUUUGGUGCUCAAAUUAAAUGGGUUACCUCUAUUAUGAAUUUACAACUGUAUUAUGAUCUAUUCUCAUUUGUGAUUUUCCCUAACAGAAUGUGAGCUUUGAGGGUCUGUCUGUUCAAUUAGUUUGAAAAAUUCAUUUUUCUAUCUUCAGAGCCCAGUACAUAGUAGAAACUGAAUGAAUGAGUGAACAAAGAGUUCCAUGAACCUAUACCCAGUCUCUCCCAGAAACCGUGUUGGGCUUUGAGUCAUUUUGUCAGACAAGGUCCUAUGCUUUGGCAAUCUCCCGCUCAGUAACAACUGACAGAAGAGUUUUCAAAUAUGUAUCAACAAAUAAAUUCAAAUAUGGUGUUUUUAGUAUGCUUUGCAGUUAUCCUAAGGUUCAUAGUAAAUUUAUUAUGUUACCAGUUAAAAACAUAAGCUACUUUUAUAUUGAAAAACAAAAUUUUUACCAUCAGUACUCAACUGAAGCAACUAUUCUCCACUAUCAGGGGAGUUAACCUUAAAAUAUUUUAUGUAAGAAUUAAGGGGGGAAACAUCAAACCAAAAAAUAGCAACUCCUAAGCAGAUUUUAAAAUGCUGUGUAUUGCUCAUGAAAUGUGAGUUGCCUUGGUUCUUUAAACUGAAUGUUCCGUGCUCGCUUCGGCAGCACAUAUACUAAACUGAAUGUUCCCUAGGAUCUGAAAAUGAAACUAUACUACACUUGCUACAUGAUGAAUGCGUGAGAACCACAAAUGAAUGGAAGCCACCCGGGCAUGUAGGAACUAUUCCUGUGCCAAGCUUAAUCCACAUGCACAAAAUCAUACUUGUUUAUCUAAUCAGCAUUUGUAGUCCUUUUAUCUCUUAUAAAAUCUGGUAAUAAUUUGAAUAUCUGGAUAAUUUUUAUUUAAAUAAACUAAUUUAUUAUAUACUUGAAAGUAUGUAUUAAUAUUACAGAAAUGAUUUUGAUAUGCUACAAUGCACACAGAACUCGAUUUCCCAUCAAGCCUUAUUUUUCAGUCAGACAUUCUGAGUUCUAACUUUUCUAAGAUCCCAAUUUUCAAAGGGACAUGAACCAAAACCUGAACUGGUUUACAAGCCUUCAUGUAAAUUCCUUAAGGAAAUAAUGUUUUUAAAAUCAGAAGUUCUAUCAAAAUCAUUUAGAGACAAGUAAAACAAACUCCAAACCAAAUCUAAACCAAACCUGAACUUAAUACAGAGCAUGUUCAGGGCACCUAUUUUGCAGCAAAGUGCUCAGAAGUAAACUUUGUGGUGAGGGUCUAGUAUGAUUGGACCUCCACUAACCAAGUGUCCAAGGGGAGAAACCACCAUGCAAUUCCAACUACACUCAGACCAGAGCCCCAAAUCUCCCCACAUGACAUUUUCCUACUAUCCUCUUACCCUCUUAGACUGGAGGUUAUUAUGAUCCUCAGGUUGUAAGUUCAGGUGCAAUUCCUUUUAUGGAGGAAACAACAUGGUAAAUGUUUAUAAAAUAGAGAAUAUAGAUGGAAUGAGAAUAAAAUUCUAAUUAGAAGGCAAGGACCCGGAGUUCAAACCCACCCUGCAUUCAGUUUUCUUACCUGUUAAAUGAAAGCCCCUGUUUGAUGGAUUCUGUGACUAUCAAAAGCUGUCAUUUAAGAUGCCAUAUUCUGAUGUCCUUUCUGGUACUUGCCCAGGAAGAGAAAGGGUAAUUAACACUAGGUGGCAUAAAUAUUUUGAAGGCAUUAAAGACCAGGUCUUUUGUUUCAGAUACAAUCAGAAUUGACCUAAAAACUGAAACACUGACUAGCUGGAAUGAGCACUUAAUAAUAGCUAAGGAAUCUCCUGAACUAACAGGAGAUACUAUCAUAUAUCUAGGGAGUAUUUUGGAGAAAUGUUAAGUCCCCACAGGUGUCAUUUUGAUUUUGGUGCUCAAUUAUCACGUCCAGAGCAGAAAUAUUUUUAAAAGCCUCUUAGCAUUUUUGAAAGUCUAAGAAAUGAAUGUUGUGUUUUGUUCCAGAAGUGAAUUUGCAUUUGUAAUGUUUUUAAAACUGUUAAAAGAAGUUACCUCCAGCUUUAGAAAGUAAAAAUAUCUGAUACUGGAUUGGAAAUACCUUUUCCUAGGGCAUCCAAAAAAAUGAGCACAGGAUACUAUCUCAUUGCAACAGGGUAAACUACUUAUUAAGAAGU